CUUCAGCCUAUUUUUAAAAGAAAGAUUUCCUAUAAUUGGGCGUACUUUCCCUGCAGACUUUUGUAAAUGAAAUCCUGCUGAGGGGAUAUUUUUCUCUGAUGAAACUGCAAACGAAUGAUAUCUGAGGUAUCUCCUCAGGUAAAGGAAAAAUAUUUCAGUCUGUAGCAGGGCUUUGGUUUUCUCAUGUGCAAUGGAUAAUUAAUCUAAAAAAAAAGUAAAUCAUUAAUAAACAAGUUCAAGACUGAUGCCUGAAAGCUGAAAUUCCUGUUACAGCGUGUUUGUUGUGAGGGAGAUCAGGUGAGCUGCAGUGAGGUGUUGGGCGUGUCAGAGAGAGGUGUUUUUAAUGCAGACAGAGAGGAGGAGGGCAGAGGAAGGUUAUUUAAGCUUCAGCAGGUCUGGAGGUUUGGAUCUUACAGCGAUGGCUUUCUACAAAGUGAUGUGUUUGGCUGCUGGGCUGAUGCUCCUGACCCAAGAGUCUGAGUCACAGCUGGAUGUUUGUGGUAAGGCGUCUCUGAACACCAGGAUUGUAGGAGGACAGGUGGCCCCUGUUGGCAGCUGGCCCUGGCAGGUCAGUCUGCAAAGAUCUGGGUCCCACUUCUGUGGAGGAUCCCUCAUUAACAGUCAGUGGGUGCUGACUGCUGCUCACUGCUUUCCAACCAGUACUCCAACCGGUCUAACUGUGAAUCUGGGCCUUCAGAGUCUACAGGGAUCUAACCCCAAUGCAGUGUCUCGGACAGUAACACAGAUCAUCAAACAUCCAAACUACAACUCUGGUACCAAAGACAGCGACGUCUGCCUCCUGCAGCUCUCCUCACCGGUGACUUUCAACAACUACAUUUCUCCCGUCUGCCUGGCAGCUUCAGACAGCACCUUCUACAGCGGUGUUAACAGCUGGGUCACCGGCUGGGGCAACAUAGGAAGUGGAGUUUCCCUUCCUUCUCCACAAAACCUGAUGGAGGUGGAGGUUCCCGUGGAGGGAAACAGGCAGUGUAACUGUGACUAUGGAGUGGGAACAAUCACUGACAACAUGAUCUGUGCCGGGUUAAGUGCAGGAGGAAAGGACUCCUGUCAGGGAGAUUCAGGAGGUCCAAUGGUGAUCAAGCAGAGCGGUCGCUGGAUUCAGGCGGGAGUCGUCAGUUUUGGGAAAGGUUGCGCCAGGCCGAAUCGUCCAGGAGUCUACACCAGAGUAUCCCAGUACCAGACCUGGAUCAACAGCCAGAUCUCCUCCAACCAGCCGGGCUUCAUGACGUUCACGUCCACUGGGACCAACAGUGACCUCAGUGUCUCCUGCACAGGACUGCCACCAGUGCCAACCACCACCCCUACUACCACCACCAGCAAACCGAUAUUCUGUGGACAAGCUCCGAAGAAUUCUGGCAUUUUGGGAGGAACCUCAAUGGCGACAGCCGGCUCAUGGCCGUGGAUGGCGAGCCUGCAGAAGAAUGGAAGUCAUGUGUGUGGUGGGACUCUGGUGGCCUUGGACUCUGUGCUGAGCAACGCCAACUGUUUCUCAAGGUGAGUUGCCACUGGGGUUGAAGACUCUGAUCUAACCAGAGUCUGGAACCUGACUCUGGUUCCAGACUACUACUCCUGACAUGUUAGCUCUUUAUACAGUAAAGUUACAGUGGGAUACAAAUAAUAAUGUUUAGGUGGUGGGGGGCCGCGAACAGUUUUCUCGUAAAACAAAGGGGGGCCCAGCAAAAAGGUUUGGGAACCAAUGGGUUAGAUUAUGAUACAACUGAUGAUGUCCAUAAAAAUUAUGAACAGAAUUGGUGACAAAGGGCAGCCCUGGCGGAGCCCAUCACCCACCAGGAAUGAGUCAGAUUUAUUGCUGGCUAUGCAGACCAAGCUCUUGCAACGGUCGUAUAGGGAUCAAAUGGCCCGUAGCAAAGGGCCAGACACCCCAUACUCCCAGAGCACUCCCCACAGGACACCCCGAGGGACACGGUCGAAUGCCUUCUCCAAGUCCACAAAACACAUGUAGACUGGUUUGGCAAACUCCCAUGCGCCGAGAGGAUAAAGAGCUGGUCCAGUGUUCCACAACUAGGACAAAAACCGCAUUGUUCCUCCUGUAGCUGAGGUUCGACUAAUGGAUGAAUUCUUCUCUCCAGCACCCUGGCAUAGACUUUCCCAGGGAGGAUGAGGAGUAUGAUUCCCCUGGAGUUGGAACACACCCUCUGUUCCCCUUUUUUAAAGAUGGAGACCACCACCCCAGUCUGCCAGUCAAGGGGUACUGCCACUGAUAUCCACGCAACAUUGAGAUGUUUCAACCAAGACAGCCAUACAACAUCCAGAGCCUUCAGGAACUCGAGGCGGACCUCGUCCACCCCAGGGGCUCUGCCACCAAGAAGUUAACUGCCUCAGUGACCUCGCCCCCAGAGAUUGGUGGGUCAUCCCCUUUGUCCCCAGACUCUGCUUCCGCCACGGAAGACGUGCCAGUGGGAUUGAGGAGGUCCUUGAAGUAUUCCUUCCACCGCCUGACGAUUUUCUCAGUCGAAGUCAGCAGCACUCCACCUGCACUAUACGCAGUGCAGGUAGAGCACCGCUUUCCCCUCCUGAGUCGCUUGACAGUUUGCCAGUAUCUCUUCGAGGCAGUCCAAAAAUCUUUAUCCAUGGCCUCUCCGAACUCCUCCCACACCCGAGUUUUUGCUUCCGCCACUGUCCGCGCCGCAUUCUGCUUGGCCUGUCGGUACCUAUCAGCUGCCUCCAGAGUUCCACAGGCUAACCAAGCGCGGUAGGACUCCAUCUUCAGUUUGGUGGCUCACCUCAGGUGUCCUCCAUUUGGUUCAGGGGUUACCACCAGAUGUGUCCUGGUGCCACGUGCACUUAUGGACACUCUUAUGUUCGAACAUGGUGUUCGUUAAGUCCAAUAACAAAACACCGCUCAGGUUCAGAGUCCAGCCCCUCUCCAGGAGACUGGUUUUAGAGCCCAGGACAUGCAUUGAGGUGAGCCUGACUAUAUCUAUCCAGUACCUCUCAAUCUCACACACUAGCUCAGGCUUCUUCCCCACCAGAGAGGAGACAUUCCAUGUCCCAAUUGCCAGUCUUGGUAGCCGCGGAUCGGACUGCCAGGGCCUUUGCUCCUGGCCGACGCCCGGCACACAUUGAACCCAACCCUGACGGUGCCUCCUGUGGGUGGUGGGUCUGCAGGAAGAUGCACCAAUGUCCCUUUUUUGGGCUGUGCCCAACCACGCCCCAUGGACUAAGGCCCAGUCACCAGACGCUCGCCCUCGGGCAACCUCCCGGGGCCUGGCUCCAGGGCAGGGCAAACUGUUCCCUGGAUGUUUUCCUCAUAAGGGUCUUAUGAAUCGCUGUUUGUCUGGUCCCUCACUCAGGACCAAUUUGCCAUGGGAAACCCUACGAGGGGACAAAAGCCCCCAGACAACAUAGCCCCUGCGACACACAAACCCCUCCACCAUGAUAAGGUAGCGAUUCGCGGAGGAGACUUUAAACACUUUUUACUUAAAUCCAGCUUCACGUUAAAUGUGACACUUUUUACCUGGCAUAGACUCAUCCAGAGCUUCCCAAAAUGUG